GAAAAAGAGAAAAAUAAAGGCAGGAGGAAGCCUUCUCCCUCGUGCAGCAAAGAAGGCUCGCGAGAGAAGCAGCUGCAGCCCGCAGCACACCAGCAGCCGAGCUCUCGCCAUCGCCCUCGGCUCGGCUCUCCCAUCUCCGCCUUUGCCUCCUCCCACUCCACCACCGCUUCAGAUUUCAGAGACGAGAGCAAACUCGAGGCGACACCGCCGCUCGACGCGGCCUCCUGCCUGCUUCCUCCCCGACUCCAGGCCCCUCCACCGACCGCACGCGCGCCUACAGGCUGAAGCGGAGCACGCCGCCUCGAAAGAAUCCUUCUCCUGCAGCCAGCCAGUCGUCUUCCAGGCUGCCGCGGAGCGGAGAUCCGCCCGGAGUUGGGACGGGUUCCUUCUUUUGUUGGUUCUUCAUUAUUUAAUCAGCUCUAUUGGCAUCGUCAUCUGUCCAUAUGUAUUGCUACUGUUAUUAAAACCCCAUAGUUACUUGGAGACCAGAUGCGACAAAUAUGCACACCAAAGGGGUUUCUUCAGAUGCCAUCAGAGUUAGCACCUCUAGUGCCCCUAGUACAUCAAGUCAUGGUUCUGCACAAGAUGACUAUGAUUCUUCAGGCGAGGUGUACGUGUGGGGUGAAGUUAUUUGUGACAACUCUGUAAGAACUGGUUCCGAUGCAGUAAUUAGGUCAACUGGGAAGACUGAUUUUCUACUGCCUAAACCCUUGGAGUCCAAGUUAGUUCUUGAUGUGUAUCAUGUGGAUUGUGGGGUCAAGCAUGCUGCUUUGGUCACAAAAAACGGGGAAGUAUUUACAUGGGGUGAAGAAUCUGGAGGACGUCUUGGCCAUGGAUCUAGAGAAGACUCUGUUCACCCUCGUCUAGUCGAGUUGUUAGCAAUUUGUAAUGUGGAUAUCGUUGCUUGUGGGGAGUUCCAUACCUGUGCGGUGACAACAGCUGGGGAACUGUAUACCUGGGGGGAUGGGACACAUAAUAUUGGACUUCUAGGCAAUGGUACUGAUGUAAGCCACUGGAUUCCUAAAAGAAUUUCAGGAGCACUGGAGGGUCUUCAGGUUGCUUAUGUUUCUUGUGGGACCUGGCAUACAGCCUUGAUUACAUCAAGAGGCCAGCUGUUUACCUUUGGUGAUGGUACAUUUGGAGUUUUAGGCCAUGGAAACCACGAAAGCAUUUCAUGUCCAAGGGAAGUAGAGUCUUUAUCGGGGUUGAAAACAAUUGCUGUUGCAUGUGGUGUAUGGCACACUGCAGCUGUUGUUGAAGUUAUAGUGACCCAGUCGAGUUCAAGUAUAUCUUCUGGGAAGCUCUUCACAUGGGGAGAUGGCGACAAGCAUCGACUUGGUCAUGGUGACAAGGAACCAAGACUUAAGCCUACGUGUGUGGCCUCACUUAUCGACUAUGAUUUUCACAGGAUAGCAUGUGGUCAUAGUCUUACUGUAGGCCUGACAACAUCUGGACAAGUUCUGAGCAUGGGUAAUACUGUUUAUGGUCAACUUGGAAAUCCCCGUUCAGAUGGUAAACUUCCAUGCUUAGUUGAAGAUAUCAUGGGUGAAUAUGUUGUGCAAGUUGCGUGUGGUUCCUACCAUGUUGCAGUUUUGACAAAUAAGAGUGAGGUUUUUACAUGGGGAAAAGGUGCCAAUGGAAGAUUGGGCCAUGGAGAUAUAGAGGAUAGGAAAAUACCUACACUGGUCGAGGCAUUGAGAGACAGAGCUGUUAGGCACAUAGCCUGCGGUUCAAACUUCACCGCAGCUAUAUGCCAGCAUAAAUGGGUGUCAGGAGCCGAGCAGUCACAGUGUGCCUCAUGUCGGCAACCAUUUGGAUUCACCCGAAAGAGGCAUAAUUGCCAUAAUUGUGGACUUGUCCAUUGUAAUGCAUGCACCUCGCGGAAGGCUCCGAGAGCAGCAUUGGCUCCUAAUCCUGCGAAACCUUACCGUGUUUGUGAUUCGUGUUUCAUGAAAUUGAACAGUGCCGUAUACUCCAGUGCAAUUAAUAAGAGGAAAGAGGCUGUGCCUCGCCACUCUGGUGAAAGCAACCCUGAUGCUAAAUUAGCUAAAGCAAUCGUACCUAGCAAUAUGGAUAUGAUUAGAAGUUUGGAUAGCAAGGCAGCAAAGCAAGGGAAGAAAACCGAUGCGCUGUCAUUUCUUCGGACUCCUCAAAUGAGUUCACUUCUUCAGCUGAGGGAUAUUGCUUUAUCUGGUGGUGUUGAUCUGAAUAAAUCAGUUCCAAGAGCAGUUCGUACAUCAGCAGUUCGAUCAUUAAACUCUUCUAGGGCUGUUUCCCCUUUCUCUCGCAGGCCUAGUCCACCACGUUCUACCACACCAGUCCCAACAACUCAUGGACUUUCUAUUGCUAAAAAUGCUGCUGAUAGUCUUACAAAAACUAAUGAGAUGUUAGCGCAAGAGGUUGAAAGACUCCGCGCACAGGUUGAUAAUCUGAGGCACCGCUGUGAGCGUCAAGAACUUGAGUUGCAGAAAUCAGCCAAGAAAGUACAAGAAGCCAUGGCACUGGUUGCAGAGGAAUCUGCAAAGUCCAAAGCUGCUAAGGAAGUCAUAAAGUCCCUUACAGCACAGCUCAAGGAUAUGGCUGAAAGACUACCUCCAGAUCAGGGAGCGUAUGAUGGCAGUGAAGCAAAUCCAUCGCAAGUUCCAAACGGCAUUGAGAUGCAUGCUUCUAUAUACGCUAGCAUGAAUGGCAUUCACCAACCACGAAAUGAGUCUAUCAGUGCCUUAAGCACACCUAGCCUGAACACGGGAAGGUUGUUGCACCCAAAUGGGAUCUCGAGUCAACAUAAAUCACCAGGAAAUACUAGUGAAAAUAGUGAAGUGAAUUCUCACAGCCAUAGGGUUUCAGGUCCUCAUGAUGCUGAAAAUUCGAAUAGAAGAGCACAUUGCAGUAGUGAUGAGAUGCUCAAUGUAAGCAGUAGAGCAGAUGAUAGUAGCAGCAAGGAUGCUAGGUCCCUUUUAAAUGGUGAGGAUGGUUACAAAUCACGAAGCGUGAUAUCAUUGUCCGGCAACCAAGUUCAGGCUGAGUGGAUUGAACAGUAUGAACCAGGUGUAUAUAUAACACUGACAACACUUCAUGAUGGGACCCGAGAUCUAAAGCGCGUACGCUUCAGUCGAAGGCGGUUUGGUGAGCAUCAAGCAGAGCACUGGUGGAAUGAGAACCGCGACAAGGUAUACGAGAAGUACAACAUCCUCCAGACCGACGGCUUCUUCGGCCUCUACGCCGGCUAUGCCGCCACACUCCUCCGCAACCUCCCCGCCGGGGUGCUGAGCUACUCCUCAUUCGAGUACCUUAAGGCCUUCACUCUGAAGAAGCACAACAAGGAGGGCCUGACCCCCGGGGAGAGCGUGCUCUGCGGCGCUCUUGCGGGGGCGAUAUCAGCUGCGCUCACCACCCCGCUUGACGUGGUGAAGACGCGGCUGAUGACCAGGGUGGGCACGGAGGGGAGCCCCACGGUGCUGGGGACGAUGAGGGAGGUCGUUGCGGAGGAGGGGCUCAUGGGCCUGUCCCGUGGCAUUGGCCCCAGGGUGCUGCACAGCGCGUGCUUUGCUGCGCUAGGGUACUGUGCCUUCGAGACUGCAAGGUUUGCCAUUCUGCAGUGGUACCUUGAAGGCUGCGAAAGGAAGGCUGCAGUAGAGAUGAAGCCCGGAGCUGCUGCUGCUUGAGUCUGUGUGCUUUCCUUGAUUGAAGGUAAUCUUUGCUGGUUCUCAUUGAUGUCCUGCUAGUGUUGGGAGUGUGUUUUUUUGCUUUAGCUAACUAGGUAUGCUACCUUGCAGUUUAUGUACCUGCUAAAUGUUUCGGCUUUGGCAUCAUUAAAAGUUCAUUACAGAGUUGAAUGAUAAUAAGACCUAAAUUAUAAAAUCAAGCAAUUGACCAUUUGGUUA